AUAAGUGACAAGUGACAAUUAUUGUCAUUCAUGACAGCUGUCUGCUUGGAUGCUUGAAUGCUAUUAGGUGGUUUGGUUAAAAUAGAUAUAAUUGUGCAAAAAAGAAAGCGCUCAGCUAAUUUUUAACUUACCGGGCCAAAGAACGCAUUAGCGUUUCGCAAACUGGAGGUGAGCCUUCUGAAGUAAAAGCAGACCCCAUACUGGAAAAAGUAUUAGAUAUUUUAGGUCGUGCUGGUAGGGGUUUGGAAAAUAUCAAUGAUUGCGAUAUUGAAGAAGGCAAAGAAAAUAUGGUACCAGAAAAUGCUUCAUUGGAUUUACAAGAUAACAUUGUUGUUGAGGAAGAAGAGGAACAGGAGCAACAGAUUCAGCCUCAAAUAAUAGAUAAGACGCCUGUUCACCAAAGAAGACGACCACUAAUUUCAAUUGAAAGAGGGAGCUCCUUGAAUGAAGCACGGUGCUUAACAGAAAGGAAAAAACAAGAACUAAUAGAUGCAGAAAUGAGAAGGGAAAUGGAACUUCACGAGCUCAAAAAAAGAAAACUAGAAAAAGAUAUUGAAAUAAUUAAAAAAAUUAAAGGUGAGGAAGUUCUUAAUUUUUUAUUGAAAAUGUCUAGCUACAAGUAUAUCUCGACUUAAAUUAUUUUGUCCAUUUUGAAUAUUUCUUUCCAUUUGGCCAUUUUGUAUAUCAUUUU